AUGCUUGGAGGCCCAGUGCUGCACCGAUACACGAUGAAUGUUGGCAUCGGCAUCGCGUGGUUUGAGAUCUUUGAUGCGGCGCUUGCACACCACCCUACGGCGAUCUUCCUUGAGGAUGACGUUGUGCCUUCUCCGCACGCCGUCGUCGUCUUUCGCUCGCUGCUCCAGCGCUACCAGGCGGAUGUAAGCGUCUCUGGCGUGACCGGCGCAUACCAGACACACCAACCAUGCAUCAACAGCGAUGGGCGCAAACUUGACCAGGACGUGGCCGUCGACAGAUGGACGCUCAGCCAUGACUGGGCAUUCGCUCACUGGCGUGACCGCUGGCUGCGCGCGCGACCAACCAUGCUGAAGUACAUGGCCAUCAUCGAUGGCCAUGACUACGGCCGCGCGCCUGCGAAGGAGGUAAUGACGUGGCACCGGCAUAUCGGUAGCAACGGUAGUGUCCACUCGCAGGACCAGGCACGCAGGGCCGCGUUCCGCGCCUCCGGGUACUGUGGCAUGGUGCGCACGCGUGCGCGGCGCAUAUUGCCUAUUGGCCGGCGAGGCACGCAUAUGAGUGACGCAAACUUCCAGCGCAUGGGGCUCCUCGACGAGGGCAUCGACACAUCCGAGCGGCAGACAGGGACGCACGCGGCAAAUCUGAUGUUGGAAUGCGCCACUUGCGACUUGGCUCGGGCACGACACCGAAAUACGCGACGUCUGGCCGACGCACUAUGGAUCGCGGGCGCGUAUUUACAUAACAUGGCCGAUCUGUGCAUUCUGGGCGACUACAUAUGCGUAGCAAGCCUCGAUAUCCUCCGCGGCAUAUGCGGUUCGACCGGUCAGAAGUUCAUACCAGACCAGCCCAAGGCUAUAGAUGUCUGA